UCGGCAUGCCAUCGAAUAGGCUUUGGCCCGGGGUCGAGUCCCAGGACCGGGUCCGGUGCCUGAAUAGUGGCUGAUGAUACCUCUAUAGUUUUGUCUAUGCCGCUUUCCUCCAACAGGGGGCUUGCAAGUUGGUGUAUAUAAGCUCUGCAAGCGCUCUGUUGGCCAUGGCAUAUCCUCACCCGUUCAUCAAUCUUCAGUACGAAGAGCAAGAGCCUUGCGCUGCCACUCCUUACAUUGCCUAUCUUCACACUCCUUUCCCCACCUUACUGCAGCUGGCUUGCCUUAAUCCUUUAUCUAUACAUUCCUUGUAUCUUCAAAAUGCGCAUUACCUCUGCCUUGCUCCCAGUGGUGGGCCUAGCAGCUGAGCUCGCUAGUGCUGCCUACGUACUCCAGGACGACUAUACUCCUGAUGUGUUUUUUGACAAGUUUGAUUUCUUUACCGAGAGUGACCCGACCAAUGGUCAUGUCCAAUAUGUGGAUCGAGGCACUGCGGAGAGCGGACAGUUGAUCUCUACCGGCUCAUCGAUUCAUAUGGGUGUAGACACCGCCAAUAACGCCCCCGAUGGACGCCAGAGUGUGCGUCUAUCAAGCACCCAGACCUACCACCAUGGUCUCUUCAUCCUCGAUCUCGGCCACAUGCCCACUGGCUGCGGUACCUGGCCCGCUUUCUGGCUCCUUGGCCCCGACUGGCCCAAUGGAGGCGAAGUCGACAUCAUCGAGGGCGUCAACGACGCCACGAAUAAUCAAAUGGCCUUGCACACCAGUGAUGGCUGCAGCAUCGACGAAUCUGGCUUCUCAGGAAGCGUCCUCACCUCCAACUGCUUCGUCAACGCGGAGGGCCAGGAUACCAACGCCGGCUGCGGCAUCCAGUCCGAGAGCACCGAAUCCUACGGGGCAGGCUUCAACUCAGCCAGCGGCGGUGUCUACGCAACCGAAUGGACCGGAGACGCAAUCUCAGUCUGGUUCUUCCCUCGCUCUUCCGUCCCCGAAGACAUUGGGUCUGGAAACCCAGACCCGUCUUCCUGGGGAACACCUUCGGGAAGAUUCGCAGGCAGCUGCGACAUCGAGUCCCACUUCGGAGAUAUGCAGAUUAUCUUUGACAUUACCUUCUGCGGUGACUGGGCCGGCGCCGUCUGGGGGACCGGUACUUGCUCUGCUAACAAUGGCGGAAGCUGCGAGGACUUUGUCUCGAAUAACCCAACCGCGUUUGAGGAGGCGUACUGGGAUAUCAACUCCCUGAAGGUCUACCAGGAUGGAGCUGCGGCGAAGCGCGAUAUUGAGCAGGUUGAGCGCCCCAAGGCUCGCGGGUUCCCGCGUAAGUCAUUGAGGGCUCGGGCUGGAACCCUCUGAAAGCCUCAAAUCCUGUGAUUUUCAAUUUUUCUUCCUACAGGGUAUGUAUGGAUCGCAUGCAUACUGAGUAGGAAUUAUAUAUACCCCGUUGGUUUGAAGUUGAGGGUGG